AUGCUGAAUCCACAUCGAGUCAAACAACUGCCCACGUCUGUGGCAAAACCGAAUACUCGCUUUCUGAACAACACCGCUACGCGUCCAGUUGCAAAUGGCGGUGCAGUUUCUUUCGAAGCCAGUCUUCGCAAUCCUACUCUUUCAUUGUCAGACAAAAGACGAGGCUGGAAUUCCAGUAAUCGUAUUUCACAUCAAGAUUACGAGUGCCCUCUGCCAUUGCCACAAAAACCAGUCAAAGGAGGUAUGACAGAUUUAAAUGAGCGCGUUUCCAAGGCUCCUUCCAAACGAAAACCGACUUAUAUAUCACGUUCAAACGUAGAAGUGUCAGCUCAGUGCCUUCCGACCAAUGGUAUUACCGUGCAAACGAUGCAUGCACUGAAGGGUCUCGUGGACAACUUCGUUGAAAACCUCAUCAAAGGAACGGGCCAAUUCGACGCUGAGAGUCUCGAAGGCCUCAAUAAAGUGUUCGCAAAAAUCACCAAAGAUCAAGUAAACAAAUUCAAAGUGUCUACGCUUAAUCAGAGACAGAGUGAUCACGAUCCGCAUUCUCAGAUGAACUUGCCAGCUGAUACGUUAUAUCAGAGCUUAUUGUGGUGUCUUAUAUUCCAAGCCAGUAUAGACCUGUUGUCAAAAGAAACGACAAACUGUAGUGUCUCCGGUCUCCUACAACGUGCCUGGGGUUAUACAAAAAAUCUGAAGGAAUUUUUCAGACCCUUUAUUAAGACAUCAGCCAAUGGGUCUAACGACAAAGUGGCAGUUGAGCUGAAUCAAAAUCAGUCAAAUGUGAGGGACUGUGAGGUGGAAAUCGAGGCGACUCUCAGGCCUCGUGAACCAGAAGUCGUGUUAACUGACGAAAGCUUGGCCAUAUUAUCUCCAGUCCUCCUUAGGCAUAGAAAGCCCCACUGCUGUCGGAAAAAACACCAUGGCACACAUAAUAGAAGUGGUCACAAAUCCUCCAGGCACCACGACUGUCAUCGUUAUAGAGACGCUAAUGUUGGGCCCUCUAGCACACCGGACUUUUCCCUCGAAUCCAUUUGUCCAGAUCCUAACAAAGUUUCGGUAAAGGUGCAAACACUUCCUGAAAAUGAUCCACUAACUCACCUUUCUCUACAAAUUCAACAGUCCAACCUGGAAGAUCAGUACAAAUCAACGAGGAUUCAACUAGCCAACGAAGCUAGCAAGUACCUUUCAGUAUUUCGAAAGUGCCAGAAUUUGCAGAAACAAAUGAACAUCUAUUCUAGAACCAAUGACUGCUUAUUCAAAACUAUUCAAAGGACUCCAUUUUCCCUAUAUUCCGAUCCCAUUUCGAGGCCAUUCGGUGAUGAAGGAAUUCAGCGAUUUGAAAGAAUUGCCAAUUAUCCAAUGAUUGAGAGGUACCUUGUAUUACCCGUUGAAGUAUCCGAAUUGUUGGUCCCAGCAGAGCGUUGGGUUCCAAAGUUGUCUGUAGAUGAGCUGUCUUCUGAGUUCUUUACAAUGCGUUCAGAGCCUGUCUGUGCAAUUGCCCUGAGGACGCCACUCAUCUCCCUCGCCGACAUUCAGUGGUACGCGGAGCAGGCCAAGCGGUCCAAUUCGGCACGGAUGGAUAGCCGAUUUAGGCAGGUGAGAGCCUUACCCUUUAAGCGUCGUAAUGCGCACAGAGCACCCAAGUAG